AUGCUGUCUAAAACAAGUGACACUGCCGACUCAGAGGAGCACAAGACUUCCCCCACUAUUCUAAUCAAACUGAGUGGACACUUCAAGAGGAUUCUCAAAAACUGCUACAAAAUGAUGAAGAAAAUAUUGACUACAAAGAACCUCAAGAAAGCUCAGAAAAGUGAGAUGUUACACCAGGAGGAGAAGGUGGAGGAGACUGAGGAUACAUGUCCUGCUCCUCCUCCUCCAUCUCCUGCUGAGACCUCUGUAACUUCUCUGCAAGAAGAGAAACCAGGCAGGGCUGAGUCUACAGUCAACAAACACCUGACCUUUCUUCAAGCAACCAAGGAAAUCCUGGAGAAACAACUGGAAGAGAUUGUUAAUGAUGCUCAGAGUUACUCCACAGAGGAAGAAGAUAGCCCAAGCUGUGGGUCAUUAGGGGUUUGCCCCUUUAAGGAGAUAGCCAGCAACAUUUCCAGUGGCAAGCUGGAAAGUUCUGCUAGAACGCUGAGUGACAUAUUGGCCAAUCACUUGAAACCACAAAAAGUCCAAGAAGAAACAGACCGAGAAGAGAUUCGUGCUGAAGUAGACAAUAUCUUUAAAGACAUGGGGAAUUGGUUAAAGAAGCAGAUCCAACUGUGCAAGAUUAGGAAGGACUGUGUGAACAUGACUCUAAAGAAGUUCAGGCAAUUGGUGCUCAAUAACCAUCUCAGUUCCCCCAAAACUGAAGCUGAGGAUCAGACCUGCCCCACACCUGUGCAAGAGGAGGUUCAAAGCUUCACAGCUGAGAAGGAAGAAGAAGAGGCCUGCAAAGCUGAGGAGGAAAAGGAAGAAGCCUGCUCAGAUGAGGAGGAGAAAGAAGAGGCCUACACAGCUGAGGAGCAAGUAGAACAGGCUCAGGUGGCAAAACCAUCAGGUGAAUGCACGGAAUCUGUUCAAAAGGAGUGGGACCGACUGACUUGUGAAUUCAUUGUGAAGCUGUUCAUACGCAAACUCACGAAAGAUCUCUUCCCCAAUCAGACCUACAAAUUAGUGGAAGCCAGACUGACAGACGUGCUGUAUGAAAAGAUGAUUGGUACUUCUGUUAAUGUGGAUUUGAGCCUGAAAAGCAUAAAAAAGAAAUGCAAAGCUGUGUACAAAGAACUAUGCAAAAAUGUUGAUGGUGGAGUUCUUUGGAGAAGUCUCUUGGUACAGGGUCAACCAGUCAUUGAGGCUGCAGCCGAGGCUCUAAAAAAGCAUUUUUCAUCAGAAAGACCCAGCGGCAUCCAAAAGCUCUUGAGAUGUUUUGCUGGCCUUUCACUUUCGGUUGUUGUUGGAAACAUCAAACAAACCUUUUUUCCUCAAACCGCAGCUAUUAGCCCAGGAACUCCUAGAUGGAUAUGA